AUAAACUUGUUAGAGUUAGUUUAGCUCUUUAAUAUAAAAUAGAGUUAAUAUGUUUAAUAAGAUUUUCUCAAUAAGUAUAUUAUUAUAUGCAUGGGAACUGUAAAGGUUUUGUGUUUAUUUUUAAUGUUUGUAAUAAUUUAUUUCUAAUUGAUAUAAUUAGAAAUAACCUCUGCCUAGAUCUUUUUUUUUUUAAGGGGGGAAAAUCAUCGAAUGACUGCUCCCGCCUGGGUGAGGCGGAAGGGAGUGUCAGACUCUACUGACUAAAAACCACCCCCGUUCCUUCUCCUGCACGUCGAGCCGGAGCCCCGGUUACCCGUUAG